GUAGUAGUUACUUACUGGAGGUGGUUGUUGAUGACGAUAACCAGAUCUCGAUAAGCAGCGGCUGCUUUUUGUCGCCUUCUCGGGCGGUCACGUCCUUUUUUCCCUCCUCCGCAUCUCUCCCUACUGCAGCCCCUGUUACCUCGUGGCCAGAUCCAUCACCCGCCAGAGGGUCUAUAAUGCGUUAUUGGAGACCACGGUAAUUCUAAUUUGCGUGGAGGUUGCCAUGGCCGAGAAACGCAGACUGUCGACACGCGAACGACGCGAACCUGCCGCGAAACGACGAGCCUCUGAAGCACCGGCUCAGAACCAGCCACCAGCCAGGAAAAAGGGCUCGACGCCGGUCGUUUUGCCUCCUCCUACACCGGAACCAGCGGAGGAGCCUUUGCCUACGAAGAUCAAGGAUGGAGAGGGGCUGCCCACCUUGCGCAAGCCGCAGCCAUCGGAACUCUCCGACAAGGAGUAUCAGUCGGUCGCAGAAAGUGCUGUGUUGCUCGCUUCUCUGGAACGGUCGAAGAAGAAAUGGCUGAGUGACGGGAUCCUGGUCAAGUACUGGACGAAGCCGAAAAAAACGAAGAGAGACCAGAUCGAAGGGAAGAACCCCCCCAAGGAGUCGAUGUCCAAGGUUGGGCCCUGCAAUAUCGUUGUCGGGCCGCAUCUGUUCGAUGCGAUGAUCUAUACUGUCAAAGACCCAAAUGCUGCUCCACCCAUCCAAUAUACGCCACCACAGCGGCCAAUGGUCCAUUAUGGCCAUCCUGGAAAUUUCCAACCGUACCAGCCAUACCCAACACCGCCGCCUCCUCCGCAUGCACGCCCUGCUUCCCAGUAUCCUCCCACGCAGAAUGGGCCUCGUCAGCCUGGGUAUCCGCCCGGCGGGAGCCAAACUCCCAUCCCGAACCAACAACCCCGGGCUCCCCAGCCGAACAAUCGCCCUCCACCGCCGGCACAGCAACCUAUGCAGCAGCACCAGGGGACUCCCUCACAGCCGCCUCAGCCUCCAAAACCAAGCCCGGAUCCGGUCAUUCAGAUGUUGGCCACUCGUGCGGCCGCGGAUCCCGAGUUGAAGGCCUUGAUGCGGAUCGUGGCGUCCAGCAAGGCGUCACAGGAACAGCUCCGAGCUUUCCAAGCUCACAUCGAUGAACUGAACGCCAUCAUCAAGGCGAGGGAGCAGCAGCAGCAACGACAGCAACCCGCGAAACCCCAGCAGGGACCCCAGCAAGCAGCUCAAACACCACCCCAAAAGGCCUCUCAGAAGGUCUCUCAGAAGCAGCAACCGAAAGAGCAACAGCACGAGGUUGAGGUACAAAUACCGGCUCAUAAACCGACCACCAAAAAGUCAGCGCAGCCGCCACCAGCACAGUCUCCACAAUCGACAUCCGCGCCGAAUCCCCCGCAGCCCGCACAGAUCAAGAAAGAACCUGGCAACAACACGAAUGUCCCUGACACCCCAGUCCAGAAGAAGCCGUCGGCGGAGCCUACACGAGUUUCGGAGUCUAGUCCUGCGGUGGCACCCAGCCCUGCCCCAACUUCGACUCCUGCACAGCCCAGCCCUGCUAUGCGACCCCCCCCAAAUGCGCAUCCGCAAUCAACCCCAGGCCCUCAAUAUCAGCAGUUUCCGCAAAAUCCCUAUCAGGGUACACCGCCGCCUAUUCAGUCUCGCCCACCGCAGUACGGCUCCCCGGCUCCGUACUAUCGUCCGGCAGCACCUCCGCCACCUCCACGGAUUAACUACAAGUCUGUGGUUUUUGAAUUCACAUCCCCUCUGACACCGUAUGGAAGUAGUACCUCGGGCCACGCCGGCUCCGGAGAUAGGUAUCUCUUCCCAGAGUACAGUAUUCUUGAAUGGCUACCCGGCGGCACCACUCUUAUCGCCUCGUUCUUGCUCGUGCGCAAGGUAGAUCCGAGCAAACCUUUUCCCAUUGAAACCGUCUCGGAUCUGACGACUGCCAGAGCCAAGGGCAAGGCAAGUAAGUCAAAAAAGGCGGACAAAGGCAAAGGCAAGGACAAGGAGAAGAGCAACGAGCAGUCCACCGCGAACCCUGAAGCAGGGGAACCUUCUCAGCAGAAGCCUGGUGACGCGGACAGUGACAAGAAUGAUACCCAGCAACCACCGCCAGCAACUCCAGGCAGUGGUGAUGCCAAGGACAACUCCGCCAAAGAAGGCAGCAGAACGGCAGAGCCCCAACCAACCUUGAAGGAGUACUACCAACCGGUCACGUUCCGCAUCAUCUCCAAUAACCCCAAAGUUCUCGAGCCGCUUACCCGUGUUGUGAAGCCGCCUGACGAGGUACGCCGGUACAUGAACGAGAUCAUGGACCGUGCCGAGCGCGCACCGGACGGAUUUCUCGCCUUCCGGCUUCCGCGCGAGACUCCCGGACUAGAUACAGAGACGGAAGAGAAGAAAGCCGGCACACCCGUGCCGGCUGUGCGUACGAACCGGUCUAGAGGGAAAAGCGUGGCUGCCGACGAAGACUCGGGGGUGGAAAACAACAGUACUCCCGGGGUUUUGGAUGAGAAAGAGGAAGAAGAGGAGGAAUUGAAAGAUUUCUACGGUCCGGUCACGGGGCUUGUUCCCUUGGGAGUGUAGUUCUGUAUAACGCAUCCUCUCAGUGUAUGAUAAAUAAUGAUCAUAAGUUCAAGCACCUCCUUACGGUGAUCCAUCA